AUGCCUCUACGACAACUGCACCCCGACCCGGCAGCAGAAACUACAAAACAAAUCGAUACCGCUAAGGUCGACAUCAUCGCAGUCCACGGCCUGAACCCUCUAAACAAAGCUGAGGCUGACCACGCGUGGGAUACAUGGCGCACGCCAUCGGGAGAAAAAGGUCGCCUCUGGCUUCUGGUCUAUGGGAAAGACCAGGGCACCUUUAUCGACAAGGCAAAUGAUCUGCUUGAGGCAAUCCGAACGAAGCGAAAACGCGCAGAGUCCCGGCCAAUCCUGUUUCUUGGCCAUAGUAUGGGUGGUCUACUGAUCAAGCAGGCGUUAAUUAAUGCGCACAACAACAACAACCAAAGUCAUAAAUCGAUUAAAGAGGCAGCAACAGGGCUGGCAUUUUUUGCCACACCGCACAGUGGCGGCAACGGUAUCUUGAUUGGCUUUGGAAAUGUGCCUGCCAGAAUUGCUGAGUUUCUCGGAUACAAGAAGCAUAAUGUGCUAGAGACAUUGAAGAAGGGAAGCAUCUUCUCGGAUGGUAUGCAUGAACAGUGGAGGCAUCAACUAGAAAAGUACAGUAUCAUCUCCUUUUGGGGUUCGAAGGAUACAGUUGUCUCAAGAGACAGCUCACGAUUUAACCUGCCAGGAGAUCGCGAGAACAUCGUCAUGCUCAUCGCAGACCACAGUACGGUGUGCAAGUUUGGCCCGAGCCAGCCAGAUCAGGAUAACCUCGAGCGCGUGUUGAGUAACAUCGUGGAUAUCUACGAAGCGGCGCUCAAGAAGUAUGCAUAUCUUGAAGACCUCCGCGAGGCAAGUCCACUUCAAAAAAUGGACAAAGAAUUACAAAGAUUUUACAACGACAAGAGGAGACUUCACAUUGAACGUCUGUCUGGCGAUUUGUUACCGAUGAAUACAUGCUACAUCAAUCUUGCUAUUGUGGAGGAGGAAGUCAAAGAGAAUGGAUCCUCCAAGAAAGUUGAGUUUAAUCUACCAGAUAUCUUCGAAGAACGCGCAGGACGACAAGUACCAAGCAGAGUGUUGAUUCGAGGCCGUGCUGGUAUUGGAAAGACGACACUGUGCAAAAAAAUUGUUUACGAUUUUCUUAAAGGUCGCCUGUGGAAUGACCUUUUUGAACGUAUAUUCUGGUUACCUCUACGAGAACUCAAGACAAACGGAAUGGUUAAAGACAUCGAAGACCUGUUUCGUGAGGAAUAUCUCUUCGACAUCCCAGGAAAGCAGGUCCUUGCUCAUGAUGUAUGGGCUGCAUUGCAAUCAUCAGAGUAUCGCAGGACACUCUUCCUCCUUGAUGGGUUGGAUGAGGUAUCAGAAGAAUUGAACGGAGGCCAUAAGCUACUCGAAUACCUCGUGGGACUACCUAACAUCAUCGUGACUUCUCGCCCACAUGCAUCACUUCCGAUGCGACUCAGUAGAGAAUUUCAUCUUGAGUUGGAGACUAUUGGGUUCUACCCUCAUCAAGUCGAAGACUAUGUUAUCCGAUACUUUCCCGGCACACAGCUCGCCGAUCAGAACAAGUGCACGCAGAUCCUAUCAUAUCUUGAAAAGCAUCGUCUGAUCCAAAGUCUCAUGCGAAUCCCAAUUCUCUUAGAUGCCCUCUGUUGGAAGUGGGAUGACUUUGAGGAACAGGCCAUUCAUCCCCAAACAAUGACCGCUAUCUACGCUGCUAUUGAGGCAAAGCUUUGGGAGAAAGACAAUGAAAAACUCGAGCGUCCAAAGUAUUUAGUUGCCUCACCUGAAUAUCACAAACUAUCUGGAGAAGUGCCUCAUAUUUUAGAGCGUCUUGCCUUUGCUGGAAUGUGUUCCAAUCUCGUCAAUUUUUCGCCCACUCAUCGCAAGCAUAUUCUGGAACCCAAAGAUCGCGAUGAAAUCACAAAUCGAGCCGCACCUACCAAGACAUUUGAUCAUGUGCUCAGCAAGCUAUCCUUUUUAAGAAGCUCUGACCUUUCUUCGAGAGCUCAUUCGCGCUUAGAAAAAAGGCACUACCACUUCCUUCACUUGACAUUUCAGGAGUAUUUUGCCGCGCGGUAUUUCGUGCGCCAUUGGAAAGCCAACAAGAACUUAGGAUUUUUGGAUCUGACUACCGGCAUGGAAGUCUCAAUACCAACAGAAAAGUUUCUGGAGAGAAACAAAUAUAACGCUCGCUACAACAUAGUUUGGCGGUUUGUUGCUGGUCUACUAGACUUGGACAAGAAACCAAAAGAGACAGAGAGAUUCUUUAGGGCACUGGAUGGGAAACCACUUGAUCUCCUAGGCCCUGUCCAUCAGCGGCUUCUUAUGCAUUGCUUGAACGAAGCUCAAUCUGAGUCAUUUUCACUUCGGAGCAAGCUUGAAGGCCAUUUAUCCACAUGGUUAGUAUUCCAAUGCAAGUCAAUUAGGGACCUGAAUCGCAAUUUUUCCAAGGAAGCAAUUACGCUAUUGAGUGAGAUCGAAUUUCCUGAGAAAGCCCUGGCUGGCGUGCUACAGGAGAACGAUGAGGUUAAGAUGAUAGCUGUUUCUUCAAUGAAACAGCGUCGUCAGAUACCAUCUCAAAUCAUGAAAAUUGCGACGUCGCUUCUUCAAAACGCCCAGAUAUCAAAUGAGCUAACGAAAUCCAUACUUGGGCUGCUCGGACGCUCAAAAGACAAAUUAACGGAAGAGACUCUUUACUCCAUGGUCUUGCAUCUUGAGAAUAAAGACCACGAUGUGAGACAGUCUGCCGGAUACGCCCUGGGCCCUCAUGUACUAUCGAACAAACUUAUCAGCACCAUAGCGGCAAGAUUGGAGCAUCUAGAUCACAGGGGAAGAGGAGUUGCCUGCCGCGUCCUAGGCGGCCAGUUGAUAUCGAAAGAAAAAUUGAAGGACUUUGUUGCAAGUCUUGAAAAUCACGACAAGAAUGUCAGAGAGGCUGCCAGCGAUGCCGCGCGCUUUCAAUUGGACUUGCCCACAGAAGUGAUUGAAUCCAUAGCGGCAAAAAUCAAUAAUCAACACAACAGCGUCAAAUGGGCUUCUAUAAAUGCCUUACGUGGACAAUCAAAUUUGCCAGAGAACCUCGCUCGAUCAUUGGCGGCUCUCGUCAAUUUAAGACUCACUAGAGUUCCAGCGGCUUGCCUCAAGGUUCUAAGUCAGAUUUCGAAUUGUCCAGAUGAUCUGCUUACUGGAAUCGUGGUAGGGAUCAGGGAUGGAGACAAAUGGCCCCAAUCUGUCGAUUUCAAAGCCUGGUGUCACAAGUCGAAACUGUCAGAAGAAGCCCUCAGGGUUUUGGUAAUGCAUUUGGGAUCUCAGAACAAGCAGAUGAGAUGCGCAGUCAUUGAAGCAAUGGCGGGACAGUCAGACUUGUCAGAUUUGAUUCUUGAAUUGAUAGUGGAGCAACUUGAGGUUGACAGCACUCAGGUUAGAACGGCAGCAAUCAGUGCCCUAUGUCGCCAGGCGUUCUUAGCAAAGGGAACCGUCCACGAGAUAGGUGCCAAACUUGAGAAAAACAAGCUCACCAGAAAAGCCGCCCUGAAAAUUCUCGAACAUCAGUCCAACUUACCAAAGGGGGUCCUUGUUAAGAUCGUGGAUUGUAUCGAGGAUGAAGAUUCUCUCAUCAGGACAGCCGCCAUAAAUGCCGUGAGCAGCCAGUCAUACUUGUCAGAUUUGCCAGAGAUCAUCGACAAAAUCAUGACGAAGAUUGAGGACUCAGAUGCAGAAGUUGCAGAAGCUGCCAUGCAAGCAGUCAGCGUUAUUUACCCGUCACUGUCAGAGAAACACCGUCUUGCGAUAGUGGCACGAGUCGAUUAUCACAACAAGAGGGUCAAACUAGCUGCUUUUCAAGUCCUCAGUCAACAGUCAAAUUUAUCAGAUGAUAUCUUGGACUUGCUAGUAGCCCGAAUGAACGAUCCGGACGAGCAGGUCAGAUGGGGUGCUGUUCGAGCUCUUGACUACCAGUCGACUUUGCCCGAAGGAAUCCUCCACAAAAUAGCGUCGCAAAUAAACGAUCCAAAGAGUAUGGGGAUUGGGGCAGUUGACUGGCUGAUCGACAUGCUCGUACAACGGGAAGGGUUUCAUUCGGAUUUCCUCCUUCUUCUCCGUGCACAGCGAGUUUUACCACCUUUGCUGGUGCGAAGCUUCAAGAAACAACUGGCAUGGUAUGUCCAAAAUGGGGAGUCCUAUCUUGAGACAGCCAACAGUACUGGAACCGUAAGAUUGUCCAAUGGAGUCGAUAUAGAGGUGGAGAUGGGUUUAGCUCGGGAAAGAGCUGGAGUUCCCCCUGUGGCGGCAUUGUCUUCUUAA